ACAUAUUGGUUUCUCGGUUCGGUUCGGUUUUAAUCCGAACCAUUCGGGUUUGAAAAAUCUUCAACCGAAUGGUUUAAAAUAAACUUUGGUUCGGUUUGAAUCGGUUUCGGUUCGGUUGGUUCGGUUUAACUCGGUUCGGUUCGGUUCGGAUUUUUUGCUCACCCCUAUUAUAGAGAAAGGAUGCGUGUGGUUAAAAAAAAAUACGUGUUAAUAAUUUUUAAAUGAGAAAAACUGCCGAAAUCAGAGGACCGUUGGGUACUUUACAUUUAAAUUUGAAAUAAAUAAAGACAAAAAUCUGGGCCAAUUUUUAAAAACAAAACAGAAGCUUUUCUAGAUUUGAGAUUCCUCAUCGUCGGUCGGAGAAAAUCAAUGGCAUCAUCAUCUUCGAGCACCACGACGACGACGACAGCUACGGUCUCCACGGAAGAAGACUCCGAGAGGAGAGACAGUAGUAAUUGCUACUUCCCAGACUGUCGCAAAGACGCGAACUGCAGCUGCGAGAUUUGUCUCGACAGUCUCAACGCGACGCUCGAUCUCAUGCCUUUGAGCGUGCAGAGAAGCUCCCUCACCAAGCUCUCUUACGCAUCUUCCACUUUCAAACCCACCGUUGAGUCCACUCCGACGUCGUUUGACCCGGAUGUAGUAGUCACCACGCCCGCUUCUGUUUCUCGCCCUAUCUCGAGGGUUAUCUCUCAGCCGAAGAAGAAAGUAGCGAAGAAGCCAAAAGAGAACGAAGAGCCGACGAAGAAGAAGAUCGAGAAGAAGAGAAAGACAUUGACUUUCGUUGUUAUGAGAGCGGUUUUGGUGAUUGGUUUGGUUCUGUGUUUGGAGUUAGAGUUUGGUUGGGUGGUUAAAGGGGUUUUGAAACCUGAGUUCACGGAGGAGAUAGUGAGAGUCUCUGGGGAGAGAUCUCAGGCUGCUAAUGAUCUGGGCGCGAAGGUGCGAAUCUCGGAAGAUGAGUUAAAGGGUUUUGCUAAAAAUGGAAAGUUUUCUAGCUGCGUAGAUUCCGAUUCCAGAUGGAGAUUCAAUCAGUGUGUUCUGUACAAGUCCGUUAUUGAAGAGGUGAGUAUAUGGGGAUGGCCUUUGCAGACGGCUGGACUGUUCAGUACCGGGUUCUCCUCUGGUUCGUUCACCGUCUUGUCAGGCCGUGUAACUGAGUGGCCAGAAGGGAAGUUUGGUUACUCGAUACAUGAGGCCAACACUUCGUGGAGGAGAACAAAAUGGAGCACAUCGGUUCUGCAACUAGAUCCCAACACAUGGGUUCUUGAGUACAGGCUGAUGGAGAGUUCGAGUUUGUUGUCAAUGGCAGUUGAUCUCCUGACACGCGUGAUGGUCCAAGCGGCAAAGAAUGUAAACCGGGAGCUUUUCUGGAUGUUUUCAGCCUCGGGGAGAUUGUAUAGUGAAGUGGUAUCAGAGGCUAGAACGACAAUGACACCAACUUAGCAAUCGUUUUGUUGGUUCUUCCUUUCAAAGCAUUGACAUCUUGUCGUCCUAGAUUGUAAUAGUAUAGUCAUGAAUAACAAGUGCUUAAUUAUUAUGUAGAAGUUGUUUUAAAUAGAGCCGUAAACUGGGCGAGCCCAUGUCUAUUAGCCCAUAUCCAUUUGUCCAUUUAUUGUUUGCGGACAUAAAGUGACCAUGUCCAUUAAGAACCAU